GUAGGGCUCGGCGCGAGGCGGUCCCGCUCGGCGGGUGCCGGUUCCCGUCAGCCGAGGGGAGCGGGAUGACCGCCUCGGGCAGGCUGCGGCUCGGCGCGCUGCGCUGAGGGGAGCGGAGCCCGGCCCAGCCGCAGCCGCCUGCCACGACCAUGCCGUCAGGAAGGGAGCCGGGAGACCCUCGGCUGCGGGAUCCGAGCGGGGCGGCCGCCCUGUCAGCGCCCGGCAGCGCCUGAUCCCGCGCCGCGCUGCCCCCCGCGCACCGCCAUGGACGAGCGCUUCAACAGGUGGCUGCUGCCGCCGCUGCUGGCGCUGCUCUUCUUGCUCAUCGUCUACCAGUAUGUGUCGCCCGCCUGCCCCGGUGCCGCCUGCGCCCGCCGCCCGCCGGCCUCCGCCGCCCGCCGUGGGGGGGGCCCGGCGGAGCGGGAGGAGGGGGAGGCGGCAGCGGGUACCGCGGAGGAAGAGGAGGCGGCGGAGGCAGCGGCGGCCCUGCCGCGGCUGGUGGCCAAGUUCGCUUUCGCGCGGGGGGAGCUGUGUCGGCGCGUGCGGUUCGACAUGCGGGGACGAGACGUAAUCGUCUUCCUCCACAUCCAGAAGACAGGCGGCACCACCUUCGGGAGGCACCUGGUGCGCAACAUCCGCCUGGAGCAGCCCUGCUACUGCCGCGCCGGGCAAAAGAAGUGCGCCUGCCACCGCCCGGGCGGCGACAAGGACACGUGGCUCUUCUCCCGCUUCUCCACCGGCUGGAGCUGCGGGCUGCACGCCGACUGGACCGAGCUCACCAGCUGCGUGCCUGCCGCCAUGGAGCGCCGCGGCUGCGCCGGCAACCGCACCCUCAGGAACUUCUAUUACAUCACGAUGCUGAGGGAUCCGGUGUCACGGUACUUGAGUGAAUGGAAGCAUGUUCAGAGGGGUGCAACAUGGAAAACUUCCCUUCAUAUGUGCGAUGGAAGAAGUCCAACACCAGACGAGCUGCCUACCUGUUAUGAAGGAGACGACUGGUCUGGAGUCAGUUUACAGGAAUUCAUGGAUUGCAGCUACAACUUGGCCAACAACCGCCAGGUGCGCAUGCUGGCAGACCUCAGCCUGGUGGGAUGCUACAACCUGACUUUUAUGAAUGAGAGUGAAAGAAAUAUGAUUCUUCUCCAAAGCGCCAAGAACAAUCUGAAAAACAUGGCCUUCUUUGGGCUCACGGAAUUUCAGAGGAAAACGCAGUAUCUCUUUGAGAGGACAUUCAACCUGAAAUUUAUUUCCCCAUUCACUCAAUUCAAUGUUACGCGGGCCUCCAAUGUGGACAUAGGUGAGGAUGUGAGGCAACGGAUAGAGGAGCUGAAUUUCUUGGACGUACAGCUGUAUGAAUAUGCGAAGGACCUGUUCCUGCAGCGCUUCCAGUACUCCAAGCAAGAGGAGCAUCAGAAGAACCGGCUAAAGAGGCGAGAAGAGCGGCGGCUGUUGCGGGAGCAGAGAGCUCACCAGUCACCAAGGGGAGAGGCAGCAGAAGUAGCCAUUACUGAAGAUUAUAAUAGUCAGGUUGCAAGGUGGUGAUGCUCCUCCGUCUUGACUGAUGAAGAGGAUCACAGAAUUUGUGCAACUUGGCUACCUGGGAAUUAGCCAAGGAAGGCCUAUGCUUUGGUAAAUGAGACCACAUCUGACAACUAACUACCCCUCCUUGUCUCAGUUUUUCUUGGUUUCUGCCAGUGAGGAGAAUGUAUUUUUUUCUCAAUAGGCACUGAUUAGUGUUAUUCAAUCACAGUAGAAUAGAUUCCUGUCCAAAAAGACUUCCUUCAAAGCCCUAAGCUAUGAGGAUGGGUUGAAGAGAGAGCUAUAUCCUUUGCGUUAACAGGUACUCUAUACAAUCUGAGCUACCAAAACUUGUGCAGACAUCUAUUGGAAAAAAAUACCUGGUUUGGUUCCUCUGUGACAUGAGAGCUGGUUUGUUUCAUACUGUCCUUUGCAACUGUAUAGCUUUCUAGUAAAUGAAAUGGAGGAAAGCACAUUGAGCUUCUACAUGCUGUGUUUUGAUUAAGGGAAGAAUUUGCUGAGGUGAUUAAAAAAGACCUAGGAAAUGUGGGAUUGGGGCAUUGCUUGUUCUGUUCUGUUAGCCAGUAGUCAGAGAUGAUUUAUAAGUGAGGUGGUGGCAGGGUUAGCUUAUUUCUCUGCAGAUGCUGAGAGUACCAAAACCAGCCAGGUAGCAGCCACCCUUCUGAGCAUGUGUGGCAAAGGCAAAGCCUUGAGAAAUGAGGUCCAUUCAACAGCUAGGCAGAUAUCAUGGAGAUUAUCUGGAUGAAGGCAAUGAAAGCAGCCUUUGCGUGCACAAAAGGUGCAGAGGGGGCAAGCAAACUACAGGGAAGAGGAAAGAGAGAGCAGGAAAAGCUGAAAUACUAGUGUGACAUUUUCCAGAUUUGCUUUGAAAGCCUGGAGAUCUAUUGUCUGUGAGGGUAGGCAGGGUUAUGAUAGCGUCUGUUAAAAUACAUUGAUGCCAAGUGAAUACAAUUUAAGUUGGUUUUCUCUCUAACUACAGUAGUGGCUAGAAAAAAAAUCAGCUUUCAGUUUUUUAAGAUACAUAAUGGCUAUGUGGAAAGUCUUGAUAUUUAUCACUCUGUAUGAAGAUUCUUUGUAAAUUCAUUGUUUCAUGAUGAGAGAUCUUUAUCUGGCUUUGUUCCUUGUCUAGAAAAAGAUUCAGUGGGUUCUUCCUCCACAUGUUACAUUCUUGUGGUUAAACUGCAUCUCUUUAUUCCAAGAUUUUAUGUUGUUCCAUUUGCAAUAGUGAAAUUUUAAAAAAGAGGGUCCUGUGUACCAUGGAUCUUUUGAGAGAGGUUUUUUCCUUCUUCUAGCAUAAAUGUAAAGCAUUAGGAGGAAAUUUCUCUAAGUGCCUCAAUGUGGCUGCUAAAUCAAGAUGCUGAAAGUAUAUUAUUGCGUGCAUGAAUGGCUUUUACCUUACAGAUUUGCUAAUUAGAAAUACUGGAGUACCUGAUGUGGAUGCACAUUUCUCAUUUAUUUUCAAAAUUCAAGGUUUUUAUCCAGUGGGUAAAAAAAAAAAUAAUGAGUUACAGAAGAAAAGAGGCUGAAUUUCAGUAUUUGUCUUU